AUGGAAGAUAAUGUGACAUACUCCACGUUUCAAGGCUUUAGGCCUCACUUCGAUGCAUUAGGCAGAGUCGGCUAUUUCAAAAUAGUUCUGAAGCCCACAUCCUUUUUGAAACGAUUCCUUCACAACGUCUAUCGUUUUGUAUCUUGCAGUUUAAUUGUAACGUACAAUUUGCAGCAUGUUAUAAGAGUAAUUCAGGUUCGCCAUAGCACCAACCUGAUAGUGGACACGCUGUUCAUCUUGUUAACAACUCUGAACACAUUGGGGAAACAAGCCGCAUUCAAUCUGAGGUCUCGUCGCAUCGACGGCAUCAUCAACAUCAUUAAUGGGCCCACCUUCGCAGCCAGUCGACCUUAUCACGUGGAAGUUCUUAAACAGAAUGCGUUAGUCAUGUCCCGUCUACUGACUCUGUAUCACGGCGCCAUUUUUACUUGCGCCUCUCUGUGGACCGUGUUCCCAGUUGUUAAUAGAUCCCUUGGUAAAGAAGUAGAGUUCACUGGCUACUUUCCAUUCGAUACUACGGGCACGUUAGCAUUCUCGCUGGCAUUGGCCUACAUGUCUGUUCUGAUAACUUUCCAAGCUUAUGGAAACGUAACAAUGGAUUGCACGAUCGUAGCGUUCUAUGCGCAAGCCAAGAUCCAAUUAAAGAUGCUUCGGUACAACCUCGAACAAUUGGUGGUAUUUACAAAUACUAAGAAGUACAGUUCAAUAAAACAUCAAUACAGAGACCAAGGAGAAGAGGAGACCGAACUGCAAGAGAGAUUGAAGAAAUGUGUUAUACAUUAUCAUCAGAUCGUAAGGUUUACAAAAGAAGUUGAGUCGAUAUUUGGCGAAGCAAUGGUCGUACAGUUCUUUGUAAUGGCUUGGGUCAUAUGCAUGACAGUGUACAAAAUUGUUGGCAGUGAGUUAGUAAAUCAAUCAAUAUACUGUAGUGAUUGGUUGAUUCUGUCGCCGCGGUUCCGAAGACAACUGCUCGUGAUGAUGCAGUGUUGCGGUCGGCCACUAGCACCCCGUACCGCUUACGUCAUCCCCAUGUCUUUGGAUACGUACAUACACGUAAUGCCUAUUAAUAUUGAUUGA